AUGACUACCGGAAGCAACAAGAUUCCAUUCAACCACAGGCAGCGUGUCCAGCCAGAUGGCAGCCUCUCAAUCAGCAAUGUACAGCAAGUAUCGGAUGACGGCAACUACGUCUGCAGAUUUACAGACUCUCGCAACCAGAAGCACACGGGAAACGUCCUUCUAAAAGUGAUCGAGCCUCCGGUCAUCUCGCACUACGAGUUCCGCAAGGACAUGCAGGUUGGCAUGCGCAUCAAGGUAUUCUGCACUGUGGUCCAGGGCGACCCACCAUUUUUAUUCACGUGGCUCAAGGAUGGCGUGCCGGUGGUGGAAAACGGCGCUCCGAGCUCUCAAGCUGCACUCAACGUGCACAACGAGCGUGAUUACAGCAUGCUGUCCACCGACAGCCUGCAGCUCGAGCACUCCGGCAACUACACGUGCGUGGUGAAGAACCAGGCGGCGACCACUGCCUAUUCCGCUGUGCUUCGUGUCAAUGAGCCACCAAAGUGGGAUGUCGAGCCGGAGAGUGCCGCCGUGGUGCAGGGUCGCAACGUGCAGCUCCAGUGCAGCGCAUCUGGAACGCCGCAGCCCAUCAUUACAUGGAUGAUCGCCUCCGAUUCUACUCGAGAAGAAUUCCUGCCACUUUACAACAGUCACAAGUACGGCUUGUUUCCGAAUGGCACUCUGUCAAUUCACCAGUUGGAGCCUGAGGAGUCGGGGUACUACCUCUGCAAGGCUUCCAACGGCUUUGGGGAAGACCUCAGCAAACUUGUUUUUCUAACAGUCAAACGUCCCCCAAAAUUCGACGUCAAGUUUCGAGCACAUGCCGUCAAGAGAGGUGAGAAGGCCCGACUGCAGUGCACGGCCAUCGGAGACCUGCCCAUCGCGAUAACCUGGUCGAAGAACAACGACAGGGUUCCGGAAAAAACCAAGUACAAGUACGUCGCGCUUGCCCCUUUCUAUUAUAUUGUGAUUCCAACAUCUAUUUCCAAACUCCGAGUGUCGACGGUGGCGAACCAGUCCUUGUCAAGCGUGUCUUCGACCCUCAUCGUGUCCACGGAGACAGUCGAGGAUUCUGGCAUCUACAGCUGCUUUGCCAAGAACCACUACGGAUCCGACGAGACCAGCAUGCGUCUCCUUGUUCAAGAGGUUCCCGGACCACCGCUAAACGUAACAGUAGCCAAUGCAACCGGGAGCAGCCUCUUCCUGAUGUGGGGGGAGCCCUUCCGGGGAAACAGCGCCAUCACCCGCUAUCUCGUACAGUUCCGUGAAGCUGGUUCAGGUGACGGUAGCAUUUCAGCACACCUGUGGCUUGAAGAGCUCGAGCAUACCCAAGUAUUGGCGUCAUGGACACCAUCUACUCUCUUCGCCGUAGCACUUGGCAAGCUCCGUGGAUCUUCUGCAGACUGGAAGAGCGUGGCAGGAAACUAUUUUGACACGUGGGAAAAUUUCAAGACCGCCUUCGAGAGCCAGUUUAGGGACAACUUUACGCUCUUGCAGUGGCAGCCCAUAAUCACCAGACGCAUCCAGUCACCCAGUGAGAGCCUCGUUGACUACUCUUUGGCGAAACUGCACAUUGGCUCUGGGAAUGGCAGGGCUUCUUCACAAAUCCGCCUGUUUCAUCAGCACCACAUCAAAAUUCGUCGUUACCCCUGUAUCAACAAGACACUCGUUAUCUUGCAAUUAGUUCCCGAAGUGGCGCACCUGAUUAUCGCCCAAGGCUGUAAUAUUGAGGCUCUAAGAGAUAAGGGACCAGCAGGUGGUGAGCGCAAGGCCAAGAAACAAGCCACUAAGCCAGCUGCUAAGCCAACCCAGAAUAAGCUACCCAAGCCGAGUCAAGGAAGCCUAGCUGCUGCGCGCUACAGGAAGGCGAAAAAGACAUCCCAGGAGGCAGCUGCCUUUUACUGUGACAGCUGCGCGGAAGAGGCUCAGAAGAAGCGGAAAUAUCACGGGGCUCUGGACAAGAAAGAAGAGAUCAAGGUCAGAGGUGCCCAUAUUUUUAUGAAGACAUCGCUGAAACGGUGCGAUAAGAGGCAGCAGACCAGCGCAAAAUGGGAGAUCACUGAGCAAGUGGAACAACGUCAGAUGGAGCGCCAGGAGAAACUUCGGGACAACAUUAAGGCACGCAGAAAGACCAAGCCUCAGACAAAGAUGAGUUUUAAGAAGAAGGACCACAUUGUUCCAGGAUUCUGGGAAGAUAUUGACGAUGAGGCAGCGCUUCGCAACAUAACUACGAACAGCUCAGUCACGUCGGCAACCAUUGGCCCACUACGUCCAGCCCGAGUCUUCAGCCUGCGAGUGAAAGCCGAGAACGGCAUCGGAUGGGGCCGCUUCAGCAACUGGGUCACUGCCAACACAGAGGAGCACAGUCCUGCGAGCCCACCGCUGAAUAUUACAGCUCGCCCAACCGGUCCGAACUCCAUCAAGAUAUCUUGGGAGCCGCCUAAAGAGGAGGACUGGAACGGCCAUCUCAAGGGCUACUACAUCACGUACCGGCCGGCCGGCUCGAACGAGCAGCAUUACCACAAGACGGUGGAGGUGCACAACCCGCAUCAGCGCCAGGAGAUACACCUGACCAACCUGCGGCUCUCUAUGUCCUACAGUGUGGCCAUCCAGGCCUUUACUGGCAAGGGCACCGGCCCCAUGUCACGCGAGGUGCUCGUGAAGACCCUCGACGAUGUCCCACCGAGCCCUCCCACCCUCGAAGUGGUCUCAGUGUCUACGAGCUCGGUCACGUUGGGCUGGUCGCUGAAGACGUCGUUCGGGAACCCCGUCACAGAGUAUGUGCUCCACCAGCGCAAGGAGGCCGACCACUGGCAGGAGACGCCCAUCUCGACGAUGCAGCCGGUGUACACGGUGCGAGAUCUCGAGUGCGGCACCACGUACCAGUUCUACAUGACGGCACACAACUCGCUCGGCCGCAGCGAGCCCAGCGACGUCAUCCGCGCAAAGACCGAUGGCGCCGCACCGCUGUCCCCGAGCAAGGAGGAGUUCAUCCAGGCCUCCCAGCGGCACGCCAGCCUGAGCUUGCGCAGCUGGAAGAGUGGAGGCUGUGAGCUGCUCGACUUCACGGUGAAGCUGCGCCAGGGCUCAGCACUGGCCUGGUCCACCGUAGCCGAAGGGUUGCCGGCCAACCAGACGCAGCUGUUGCUGCGUAACCUGACGCCUGGCGCCACGUACCACGUUCACGUGGUUGCCCGCUCCACGGCGGGUGCUACCGAGGCCCAAUACGAGUUCACCACUCCCAAUGGCACUGCGCACGUGGCCUCGGUGGAGGCCACCUCGUCUCAGCCCAAGCGUUCCUCCCUGCCUAGCAUGACCGACCUGGAGAUUCUGGUGCCCAUCCUCGUCUCCAGCUGCGUGGUACUCAUCGUCAUCGUCGUUGGCUGCAUCCUCUGCUCCAGGGAGUCCCUGUGUGCCGACAGGCAUUGCGGCAGACCUGAGCUGCGUUCCACGUACUCGGAGGAAGUAGUGGACAUGAAGGACCUGGCCAACACGGCCGAGUGCAUGGCUCGCUGCGAGGACGGCAUGCAUCACUCCGCCUCGCAGAUGAACAGCCGCUUUCCACCUGCCGGACAAUCCAUCUAUGCGCAGAGGCCUGGUAAGACGACUCUUCCUUCCCAAGUAACUUUUGAGCCUCCUCGUGUUCCCAAAGUCUUUCGUGAAGAAGCGUAUGAGGAUGUCGAGGACUGGCUCGAUGAGUUCGGGCGGACUGCUGUGGUAAAUCGCUGGAGCGCACAAGAGAAACUUGGCCGUGCCCACUUCGCAAAGAGCUCGCCGACCGCCUUGAGAAGGUCAAGAGGCCGUGGAGUGCGCCGAGCAAAAGGAGUGCUGGUGGACAGCUAA